CUGAGCUCGGGCAGCGCGGGGGCCGAACCCGUGGGUGGCUGAGGGCACGUGCGGGUGGCAUCCUUCCGGUUGAACAGAGGGACCGACCGCCAGAGAGGCCGGAGCCCUGCCCCAUUAGCUUUGCUGUCGCGUCGGACCCGCAGCCUCACCUUGGGCCACUUCCAGCCAUGAAGCUCCUCUCGCUGACUCUGGCUGCCCUGCUGCUCCUGUCCCAGCUCACUCCAGGCAGCACCCAAAAAUGCUGGAAUCUUCACGGUAAAUGCCGCCAGAAAUGCUCCAGGAAAGAAAGGAUCUAUGUUUACUGCACAAACAAUAAACUGUGCUGUGUGAAGCCCAAGUACCAGCCAAGAGAAAAGCUGUGGUCAAGUUCUUCGAAGCCUGAAGCCAUGAAAACGCAGAUGAAGCUGCCCUCAGUCUGACCCCAGGAGAUUCCUAAAUUCUGUCAAUAAAUAUGUGUGGCUGA